GCAAACCCAUCCCGAAACUCCUGGUUCAAGGGCAGGGAAAGUUACCAGUUUAAUUCCGGCAAAUCAUUAGCAACUGAGAACCGGGAAGAGGGUUCGAUGGCAACGCACGGCUGCGAGCAUACAUAGCUGCUGAAACAACUGGAAGGAAGGAACACACCCUGCCCGCUCCUGGGGAAGGGGCCUUUUCUGGCCAUGUCUCCUGCAGCGGCUGCCGAGCCAGAUGGGUUCCAGCGAGCCAGGAAUGUCAGCAAGCUUAUAUUCUUCCUUUUUGUCAUUGGCGCCAUCCUGCUGUGUGUGGGAGUCCUGCUCUCCAUCUUUGGGUUCCAGGCAUGCCAAUACGACACCCCCACCAACUGCAGCAUGAUACUGAAGGUCGCGGGGCCCGUGUGUGCCGUCGUUGGGCUUGGGGCCGUGAUCCUGGCCCGCUCCCGGGCAAGACUUCAGCGCAGUGAGGCGCGCCUGCGAGGCAACCAGGGGGACUCAGACCGAGCCUUCCUCUGUGGGGAGAGCCGCCAGUUUGUCCAGUGCCUCAUCUUUGGGUUCCUCUUCCUGACAAGUGGCAUGCUUAUCAGCAUACUGGGCAUUUGGGUCCCUGGGUGUGGCUCAGACUGGGCGUCGGAACCACUGAAUGAGACAGACGCUGAUGACGCAGAGGCCGAGAUCUGUGGAUUCCUGUCCCUGCAGAUCUUGGGACCGUUGAUAGUACUAGUGGGACUGUGCUUCUUCGUGGUUGCCCACAUUAAGAAGAGAAACAACUUGAACGUGGGCCAGGAUGCCUUGGAAAGGGAAGAGAGACAGACCCAGAACGUGGAGGCUGUCCACGUCACUGUAGGUGAUGCGGUGAUCAUAUUCCCACCCCCGCCUCCGCCUUACUUCCCUGAGUCUUCAGCUUCUACAGCUGCUCGAAGUCCUGGGGCUGACAGCUUGCUUCCAAAUGAAAACCCACCUUCAUAUUACAGUAUUUUCAACUAUGGGACCCCAACUCCUGAGAGCCAAGGCGUGGCCUCCGAGAGAGACUGCGCAACUGUAUACACUAUUUCUGGGACCGCCUCAUCCUCGGAGACCUUACACGCUCCACAUCUCUCAUCUGAAUUGCCUCCCAGAUAUGAAGAAAAAGAAUCUGCUGCCACCCUCUCUGUGUCUCCAUCUUCUGAGCCUUCCUCACCAUGAACCAUGGACUCCAGUUCAAUUUUAUAUAGAAUCAAUCACUAUUUUAUUUAAUUUGUUUUUUUUUUAAUAAAAAAUACAACAGCA